AUGAAUGAAAAACGUGGCGGCCACGAGCUGUGGUCGGCCAUGGAAGCCCUGCAAAGGUCACAGUCACCUUUUGCAGGGAAAAUCAAUAGUCAAUCCAGUAACACUGGAUGCAAACGGCCCGCCUCCAUCAACUUCCCCGUCGCCAGUCGACGAACUCUCCUUUUCAACCACAUCUCGUUUCGCCCUCACUUCAGUUUUCUGCCCCUUCCCAAACCCCGUCCUCCCGACAAUCCCUCUACUAGUUCUCUUUCUCUCUUGGCUCCGCCGUUUCUCCAUUCCGGCCUGGAUGCGGUGAAUCUUCAGUUAAACCCCGCCGUCCGCUGCUCCUUCCGCAUCUCCGUUCUUUUCCCCCGGUCUCCGUCCGUCAAUCACGAGCAACCCCGACCGCAACCCGUCCGCUUCAGCAAUUCGUACCACAAUUCGGAUGGAAGGCUGUCGCAGAUGGGAAACUCCCAGGGGAGACAGGUCGCCUCCGACAAUGAGGUGAACUUGAAUCAGUUUCGGCUACUUCGAGUUGUCGGGAAAGGUGCUUUCGGCAAAGUCCGUAUAGUGGAGAAAAAGGAUACGGGCUUAACUUUUGCUUUGAAGUAUAUUCGGAAAGAGGAAGAGUACAUGUGUGUUUUUACCUCCGGUGAUAUUCGAACCGUUGCUGACUUUACAAGCUACAUUGUGGUCGAUUUAAUGAAUGGUGGUGAUCUGCGAUUCCAUAUCUCGCGAAAAUGCUUUACAGAAGAAGCAGUGAGGUUUUGGCUCGCUGAGCUUGGUUGCGCUCUGAGAUACAUUCACUCGCAGGGCAUCAUUCAUCGAGAUGUCAAGCCGGACAAUGUGCUACUAGACUCGGAAGGACACGUUCACCUUGCAGACUUUAACGUGGCGUCCGACUUUAGACCUGGAAAGCCUCUCACGAGCCGGUCUCAAGACACCCUCAGCGAGAACAUCAAAAAGGCCCAACCGAAAUACUACGUUACCAACCCCGCCGUAUCCAUUCCCUGCUUGCGCGCCAUGUCGGCCUUGAUGGAGAAGGACCGAAGCAAACGGAUUGGCGCGGUUAGUUUUGAGAGCUUUACCUCACAUCAGUUUUUCGCAGACAUCGACUUUGAGGCACUAGAACGAAAAGAAGUGCCCCCGGUAUUCCGGCCAUCCAGCGACAAGACGAACUUCGAUGCUACGUAUGACCUGGAGGAGCUACUCUUGGAGGAAGCUCCGCUCGAAGCUAGAGCGCGAAGGCAGAAACCAAGAGCUGAGCUGAGGGAGGAUGCGACUGCGAAGGAGAUUCGCGAAGAUGAACUUCACCGACUGAUUGAAACAAUGUUUGAGCCCUUUGAUUACACAGCCGUAACCUACCGCGGAAAUGCUGCUGAAGCAAUUGCGUCUGUUGCGAAUCCUGAAGAUUGUAUCCAAACUGCAGCUUCAUCAACGCAUUCACGACACUACUCUCAACCUGAUUCUACGCGAGGCUCACCUGCACGCGCGGAAGGAUCGCCGUCUCGCUUGACGCUACCAGACAAUCAGUCUUCAAUUGGUGUGGCUCUAGAGGGCACAACUAGCCAGCCUCUGAGUCCUGCGUCACAGACACCUCCUCCCGCUACAGCUCCCAACUUCGCUCGCCCUUUCGUCCCACCGGCAGCAGCACGGGCUCGACCAACGGCUCGCAAGACCAGCAAGGGGGGUGGUGUGCAAAUGGUUCUCGAGGAAGCGGGCAGCUGGAGUGAGCUUGCCGAUCAGAGUGCCACCCUUCCCGCCGAAGGGUUCGAUGCUAGCGGCAAAGGAAAGUCUACUAAUAGUGGUAUGCUUUCCUUCCUGAGCCGCAAGAAGGGACGUGACAGGAGUCCGAAGCCGCAGGAACCUGGUGUUCUGGGCAAGGAAGGUGCACGACAAAUCAUCAGCUGA